UAUUUACUUGCAGUAUUCUUUGUUCGUUUUCCUCCUUCUCCCUCGACUCGGCUCGUCUCGGUUUGGUUUAUUGAUAGAUUAUAGUGGUUGAUUGUAGUGUAGUCAGUUGGUGUAGCUAUUGGGUUCCUCGCGGGGGUGAAGUAGAGAGAGAGACAAGAUCAGGGCUCAAGGACAUCUUGAUAUUCAUGACAACCUGGUCUGUGCUGCGCCGUGCCGUCAGUGGGUGUGGCAAGUGGAAGCGCGGCAUGAGUGCAGUGGGAACGUCAUCCCGGAUCCUAGGGCAUUUGCAAGUGGCGAGAAUGUCGUCGGCCAAUGCGGAACUGCUCAUUCAGAAGCCCGAAUUCGGCUUUCUUAAAGAUGAGCUGAAUUUAGAGGCCCGCAACUACGGCGUGUUCAAUGGCAAGUGGAUCGGCAGUGGCCAGGUGGAGGAGUCCGUGUGCCCGUCAACAAACCAGCCAAUUGCCGAGAUCAUUCUCGGCUCGGACCACGAUUACAGGCAGACAGUUUCUGCAGCUCGGGAUGCGUGGAAAACGUGGGUGGCUGUUCCGGCGCCACAGCGAGGGGAAAUUGUUCGUCAAAUCGGAGAUGCAUUGCGAGGCAAGCGUGUGGCCCUGGGAAAACUUGUUUCACUGGAAAUGGGCAAGAUCCUGGCGGAAGGCGUGGGAGAGAUUCAGGAGUACAUUGACAUCUGCGACUACGCUGUUGGACUCUCGCGAAUGUUCGAGGGCAAGGUGAUCCCGUCAGAGCGGCCGGGUCACAUGCUGCUGGAAAUGUGGAACCCGCUUGGCCUCGUGGGCGUCAUCACGGCCUUCAACUUCCCGGCUGCAGUCUACGGAUGGAACAGUGCCAUUGCCAUGGUCUGUGGAAAUGCUGUGUUGUGGAAGAGUGCGCCAAGCACGCCGCUCAUCGCCGUGGCCAUCACGAAGAUCAUCGCGGAUGUCCUGGAGAAGAACAGCCUGCCGGGCAGCAUCUGCAGCUUGGUGUCUGGGGGGGCCAACAUUGGGGAAGCCAUUGCCAAGGACCCACAGAUCCCGCUGGUUUCAUUCACGGGCAGCACGGCUGUAGGCAAAAAGGUGGCAAAGGAGGUGUGUCAGCGAUUCGGCAAGCAGAUCCUGGAGCUCGGCGGCAACAAUGCCAUUGUGGUGAACAAGGAUGCGGACCUGGCCAUGGCUGUGCAGUCGGCGGUGUUUGCGUGUGUGGGCACAGCUGGCCAGCGAUGCACGACGACCCGGCGUCUCAUCCUUCACCAAGACGUGUACGAUCAGGUGCUGGCCAACCUGGUCAAGGCCUAUGCUCAGCUGGAUGGCAGGAUCGGGCAUCCUCUCGACCCCAACACGCUCAUUGGACCCAUGCACACCCCGACUGGGGUGCAGAUGUUCAAGGACGCUGUGGAGGCCGCCCUCAAGGCUGGCGGCAAAGUCGAGUAUGGUGGAAAGGUACUGGAUCGUGCAGGGAACUUUGUGCAGCCCACGAUCAUCUCUGGCCUGGCCCACGACUCGGAGCUGGUGCAGAGGGAGACCUUUGCUCCGAUCGUGUACGUGUUGAAGUGCGCGUCCCUGGACGAAGCCAUAGCGUGGAACAACGAGACUGACCAGGGCCUGUCGAGCAGCCUCUUCACUGGUGACAUUGGCAGCAUGUUCCACUGGAUCGGACCCCUGGGCUCGGACUGCGGCAUCGUCAACGUCAACAUCCCGACUUCCGGAGCAGAAAUCGGCGGAGCCUUUGGCGGCGAGAAGCACACUGGCGGCGGUCGGGAGAGUGGCUCCGACUCGUGGAAGCAGUACAUGCGUCGGUCCACGUGCACCGUCAACUACUCGAAAGCUCUCCCACUGGCACAGGGCAUCACGUUUGAGUGAGCCCUGUUCUGUCCUGCCCUUCCCUGCCCUGCCCUGCUCUGCUCUGCUGCAACACGAGCAGCAGCAGCAGCAGUUGAUUGAUGGAUUGAUUGAUUCACUGACGGUGUAUUCUGUGGUACUUCUUUUUUUUUUCGCCGGCAUUUAUUCUUCCCUUUCGUAUGGAUGCUUGAUCCUUCUGAUGCUGGUGGUGAAGGGGAAUGUUAUUUUGUUGCUAUUUUUGCUUUUGGAAAUCCAGAUGGUUUGUGCGUGUGGCUGCGUUUGUUUAAUGUACUGCGUCUGUCUACAAUAAGGGCAAUAUGCUGGUGAUGGUUCCCUCGGAGCAUCUGCUGGUUAUAUCCUCAUGAGAAUGUAACCCCGAUGUCUCAUUAAUAUUGUUCACUGCUCGGUUUCCGAGCCAAUUCAAACUCGAAUAUUUUCGGCGUGUUGCUGUGACAUGUGUGCAAUUCAUGGUUCUUGCAGGGUUGGAUUUAACAAAGCUGUCCGUGAAACGAAUUUUUAAAUGCGUACGGUACAAUAUUGUUCUUUGACUAAUGUUUUUCAUUGAUUAUUAAUGGGCAUUCUUGGCCAGAAAUCCGCUGCAGUUCACAACUGGAAAAAAAUAUGUAUAUACAUUAUAUAUAUAUAUAUAUAUGCAGUAUGUUCAGUAAUGCAAGGCUCAAACAAUUUCCUGAUGAUAAUGUGACAGGUCAGGUGUGGAAGACAACUUGGUAUGGGUAAUAUGUACAUUACAGCUCUGCACGACGGGCUAUUGUUGGGCAAGCCGUAUUAUCAACAGUCGACCAUUGUGAAAUCAGAAUCAUUACGAUGAAGUUUCUGCAUUUGGUGGGCCCGUAAUGUUUCAGCAGGCAAUUGUCAACUCUGUGCCCGCAAAAACUUUGAAUCGGCCCUCCGGAACAAACCCUUUUUAUCUGAAACCUUUGCAUGCUGCGGAUAUACUCAUACUUGCCUUUAAUUAAUGCAGCAAUGCACAGCAGUCCCGCGAAUAUAUGAUGCAAGUACUGUAAAUUGAAAUGUUGGGCUUUGAUGCAUCAGAAAAGAAAUGUACAUAUGCUCCACAGCAUGGAAAGGCAGAAUCACUGUGAACCAUGUAC